AUGGGUUUCGCAACAGAGAUAUGCAUAGAUAUGCAGCGAAUGUGCAGCUCAUGCAAAUUCAAAUCCGCGUGCAAUAAUACCCGCAUGCGUGUGUGCGUGUCUCAAGCUUUCCAGCUGAAACAGUGGAAAUCAGAAAGACUGUUUUGGAAAUGGUCCGAGGCACUUGGGACCUUCUGGAGCCGGGGCGCUGCGGCCGCCGCGUGUCCACGGGCUGUAGUCGCGAUAGCGCGAAAAUGGACGGCCAACUACGUUUAUGGCCGUGCU